AGGCCGAGGAUAGGGGUGGCGUGGGAUCGGGGUUAGAGAGAGAUUAACCACAUGGAGGCCUAUAAAGCUUCAGUGUAAUCUGCACACUAGAGACAAAUUCAGAGCGACAACUACACUACAGACAACAUUCUGCUCACAACUCGCAGUGUUUUUGGACCAUUAAAUGAGAGAAGAGGAGUGGAGAAAGUUCAGAUUUGGGAUUUAAAACAUCCUUCCAUUGACUUCAAAAUAGUCUCAUCAUCAGAAACAUAAAGGAGACAAAAGGGAAUAAUCAUGAAAAAGGGAAAGCAGGUUAAUGAUGGCAAUGAGCCCCCCAGUUAUCAGGAGGCAACAGCAGGCUAUGAGGAGAUGCAGGUUCAGUUCGCCUGGGAUGACAAGGCCAUCAGGCAGACCUUCAUCAGGAAGGUCUACGCCAUUCUCAUGGUUCAGCUGUUGGUGACCGUGGCAAUCGUUGGUCUCUUCACAUUUUGUGCUCCUGUGAGGUUUUUCAUUCAGACUCAUCCUAGCUUGUACAUGGCAUCAUAUCUCAUGUUCUUCUCCACCUACAUUGCACUGUCCUGCUGUGGAGAGCUGAGGAGGCAGUUUCCCUGGAACGUCAUUCUGUUAGUUCUCUUUACUUUGAGCAUGGCCUUCAUGAUGGGAUUUGUGUCCAGCUUUUACAACACCAAAUCAGUGGUGCUGUGUCUGGGAAUCACAGCUCUGGUGUGUCUUUCUGUCACCGUCUUCAGCUUCCAGAGCAAGAUUGAUGUCACAUCCUGUCAGGGCAUCCUGUUUUCUUUGUGCAUGGUCAUGCUUCUCUGUGCCAUCACCCUCUCCAUUGUCGUCCCCUUCGGAUAUGUUCCCUGGUUACACGCCAUUUAUGCUGUAUUAGGAGCCAUCCUAUUUACUCUGUUCCUGGCAUUUGACACCCAGUUGCUGUUGGGGAACAAGCGCUACACCAUAAGUCCAGAGGAAUAUAUUUUUGCCACCCUCAGCCUCUACCUGGACAUUAUCUACCUGUUCAGCUUCCUGCUGCAGAUCAUGGGAGGAGGCCGCGAGUGAAGAAUCCUCUGCUACAUCAAUCUAUCUGUCAGCUGGAUUUUUUUACUCUCAAGAUGUUAUCAGUGCUAUAAGGUUUCUGAUGAAUUACCAUUUUAGUUUGUACGUGCAUCAAAACUAUGUAAGCAAGACAGAGCAAAUCCGUUGGUUCUUUGCUUUUGGUUAUGUAAUCUUGUCUUUACAAUCCCACUGCUGGUUUUGUCCCGACUUGGCCUACAUCCGCCUCGUAUCUCACUGUAGUUGUUCACUGUACUCUGGCCAUUCCUGUUAAUCUGGUUUUGUAUUACUGAAGGGUCUGCUGUGACCUCACCAUCCUUAAGUGUGUGUUUAAAAAAAUUAGGCUCAUAAGUGGAUAAAAGCAGCCACAGUCCCAGAGUUGAGCAUGAUCACUUUCCUUGGCUGCAUUUCUGUUUAUCCAUCACUGAGCCAAAAAUGAAGAUUCAGGAAAUCUGCACUUUGAAGCUCAGCAGGGUUGAGUUUGUUUUAAUAGCUGAGUAUUUCACAAACUAAAUAGAUACAGUUUGUUUUCUACAUGUGUAUUUUUCUAUGCCCAGCAUCAUAUAUGACAAGUUUAAAGUUUUACUGUCUAUAUGCGUGUGUGUAAGAUGCAGUAUUUUGAUUUCUAACAGCUCAGUUUGAGCCUGGAUGUUUUGCGGGUAAAUACUGUACACGUGAAACCUGAACCAGUGGAUUUCAACUCACUUCCAGCAUUAACACUGAAGCUCACAAAGUCCAACCGUAAAGGGAAAGUGUGUGUGUGUGUGUGUGUGUGUAGCGGCAUACAGUACUUUUAGUCAGUAGCAAUUAUUUGAAAUUUCUAUUUGACUUUAAUGUGGCCUUUGGGAUGUGACAGAAAAUUAUUUAGUGUUAACAUGCUAAUGGUCACAAUGUGAGCAUUAGGAGUGUUUUAACUGUGUAGUGAAUUUCAAAAACCUGGACAGGACAUGCAGGGAUACACUAUAUAGCAUGGUUUCUGGAAAAGAAAACAUGAAUACAAUUUCCUGUAUUUUCAUAUCAAUAUAGCAAAUAACACAUUAUUAUUAAACUGGUUAUUUGUCUAUUUUUUAA